AUGGAGUACGACAUUAUUAACACUACUAGUGGUAAUGAUAUUAUUGCUAGCACCUACGCAGAUAUUUAUAUUAAAUAUGAUAAAAAAGUGAAGCCGAGAGUUGAAAAAACUGAACAAAAAGUCGAAGUCCGUAAGCAAAGCGACUCAGCUGAAGAAAUAUGGACAUCUCCAAGCGAUUUGCUUAUCGGGAUAAUACAAAUGAAACCGCCCUUUACUUCAAAAAUUAUUAAAAGCAAAACACACGAAGGUAUUAUCAAUAUUGGGGGUGAUGUAUUACAAAAAGAAUACGAGGAAUUUCUUCUUUCAUUAAAAAAGUUAUUGCAUGAAAAUGAUGAGUGUUGGAAAUUCGUUCUUAUGAAUGAAAAGGAAGAAAUUAAUAAAAAAGUAAAAAUAAAAUAUCAAAAUAUAUUUAAAACAAAAAGCACUUUAAUGACGAAGGAAAUAGAAAAAUUUUAUGAGAACACACUUAAGGAAUUGGAAGAGCAUGUAAAAAAAGAAGUCGAGACCGUUCUAUCUAGCGUAUAUGCUAACAUAAUUAGUCACUUAAACAAUCAAAUACAUUUGAAAUUGCGUAAGGAAAGAAAAAUAUUAGAAGAUUCCUUAAAUAAAAAAUAUUUGAACGAAAUAAAAAAAAUCAAGCGGUAUUAUGCCCUUCUUUUAAGAAACGAACAUGAAAGGUCAAAUCAACUAACAAAUUAUGCACUCAGAGAACGUAAUAAUGCAGUUGACAUGUUUUAUAAGCAAAUUAUAUGUGAAAGACUAACUAGUUCGAUAUAUGUUCUGUGCACAGAAAGGAAAAAAUGUAAAAUUAAAAAUAUCAUGUUAGAAAAGUAUCAUAACGCAGAAAUACAUGAAAUUGUAGAAAAAAUAAAACAAAAAAGGGAUUUAUUAAAGUCUCUUAAAGAUAAAGAUGUCUGUAUUUUGGAUAUUAACAAAGAUUGGGAAGAAAAAAUUAAGAAAGUUUUACAAUUGUUUCUAAAAUUUAUCAGUUUUGCUCUUAAGCUUUUACCAGAACAAACUACAUUCUUACUUCAGUUAGAAGAACUAGUACAAUUACAACUUGACGAUAUAAAGGAAUCUGAUAGAUCUAAAAGCUCAAUUUUAGUUGAGGAUAGUAAUGUUUUUAAAUUUGAACAAUCAGGUCCAAGUGAUGAAAUAUGCACAAAGCAACCAUUUGUCAUUGAAGGAGACACCUCCGCUACACCUCCAAUAGUUUAUGGUAGCAGGGAAACUAUACCUUCAGAUGUGGAUCUACCGUAUUUCAGGUUACAAAGACAAUUUAUUUACGCAAAAUGUCAUGGAUUCGAAGAGAUUAAAAAAUUUUUAGAUUCCCAACGAUGUAAAUGUCGUACACCAGUAGAACCACAACCAGAAAUGUCUCCAACAACUAGUAAAGUGCAAUCUGUACAGUCAAGCACUAGUGAGAGCUCAGAUGAAUCUUUUCUGUUUGAAAAUUUUCACCGGCUUCCUGAUUGUCCGGUUCGAAAAUGUGCCGAUUCGACAUUAGUAAAUUAUUUCCCUUAUUUAAACUCCUACUUUGAUUAUUCGGAAGAAAAUUUUAGAAGAGUAGAAGCAAUUUUUGGUGUCCCGUCUCAGAAAGAACCAACAGAAAAUUUGCUAGAUGCAAAAGAUAUAGCUAAUAGUGAGUUGCCAUUUGCGGAAACCAAAGAAAAGUAUCACAACAUAGAGACACAGUGUUCCAGUGACGAAGAUAUAAGAUAUGAUCCUCCAUGCCCUUGCUUAUAUAAUUUAUUGAAAGAAAGUGCUGGUAAUGAAGCGGUGAAUAAUUUUUUUUCAAAAUCUGUAGGCGAUACUUGUAUAAAACGCCAAAAAAUGUUAAAAGAAAUAACAAAAAGGUAUCCAAAAUUGAAAAAAAUAUUCGCGGAACAUGAUAUAGAUUUGGAAACUUAUGUGUAAUUUCGAUAAAACAC